GUCUCCUCAAGGACACCUAUUGCCUAAGGGGCAGGCCGGCAAACCAGGAGCUCCGCCCCUUCACGCGACGUUGUGACGCAGCCGCAGCGGCAGCCAAUGGGGCGCGACAACACCGGACAGCGGGAGGCUGGAGGCGGAGGUUUUAGUGAGCGGACCGGAAGUACCCAGUGCUUCGCGCCCGCGUUCCUGCCAACCGGGUUGCUGCUCCGCUGUUCUGGGCCGUCGCCUGCGCGCGCCCGCGGCCCAGCUCUGCCAUGAGCCGGCCCAGCCGAUUGCAGAGGCAAGUUCUUAGCCUGUACCGCGAACUGCUGCGCGCCGGGCGCGGGAAGCCGGGGGCCGAGGCGCGGGUGCGAGCCGAGUUUCGGCAGCACGCCUGCCUGCCGCGCUCCGACGUACUGCGCAUCGAAUACCUGUACCGCCGCGGGAGGCGCCAGCUCCAGUUGCUACGCUCGGGCCACGCCAAGACCUUGGACGCCUUCGAGCGCCGGCAGGGCGCCAACGAGGAGCCCGGCGAAGCGGGGGCCCCUACGACUCCGCCUGAGGAGAGUGACGAUUCGAGGAACCCUCUCGUGGAGUCACCGGAGACCCCGCCGGGUGGACGGUGACAGGCUGAAGAGCUCAGAUGGAGCAGGGGAACGGUGUGGUGGGGCCAGGGAACCCGCAUGAUGGGAGGUGAGAGGUCUUGAGAGACUAGCUGGAUGGAUGGGGGAAUCGGAGAGCCGUCCUGGCGAUGUCGGGUCUAAAGACCACCAUGGUGGAUGGCAAGAUAUGCUUGCCCUUGUACGAUUCGUAGUAACUUUUACUCCUUCAUGAGAGCUUGGGGCGGGCUGCGUCGCCCGCUGGCUGGACUGUGUCAAGCUGAGAGCUACUUAGUAGAAGGCAUGGGAGCCAGGACCCCCCCCCCCCCCGCCCCCGCCCCCGUUGGACCGAAAGAAACUGAAACACCCUUCUCUUCACCUCUGGCUCCUGAACCACCCCCCCCCCCCGCCCCCCGCCUUUGUAUUUAAUUCUGAUAACAGCAGAUUUUUUUUGCUGAGGAAUUUGAGAAGGUGCCCUGGUGGACAACGGAGAGAAGCCCUUUGGAAAACUUUCUCCCCACUAAUGGCAGCGAACUAGGAGGAAGGGAGUAGGGUCUCAUCCCAGCUGAUCAUUUGAAGACCCCUCAAGACCUCUACACUUACUGUUUCUGAGGGCGAGCCCUGACUCCUGCACCCUUCCACCCUCAGGACUGUCAAACAAAUGGAAUAAAGUUGGGGAUGUGCUUA